GUUCGGCUGGGCGGCACCUCCCCUAUAUAAAGCGAGGUUCCCAUUGAAUCUUCUCACUUGCAAAUCACCAACUAAAAAUCUAACCGGUUGCUUCAACUAUUUCUCGAGUCCUCCGAGUCUUCUAGUUCCAAGUAAGCUUCUUUUUCCUCCCUCAUUUCUUCGAGCCAUGUCUGAUCGUGAGGAUAGCCAGAACCUCUCUGUCCACUCCUAUGGUUCUGGUGCCCAGUCUCAGACCUCCGGUUCCUCUUCUUCUUCAUCAUCUUCUGAGCGGCCGGCUACUUCUCCACAGAAGCAGUCGGUUGAUGCCCCCACUUGUGCCCCUUCUUCUUCUGCGGCACAAGUGGUCUCGGUUGCCCUGCCUAGGGAUGAGGGCUUCAUUCAGCUCGACGACCAGUUGCUUCAAGAGCAACUGUCGCACAUGCAGAAUGCUCAAGUCGAUGAGCUGCGCAACCUGAUGCCGGAUGGGUACCAAUUGGCCUACCGGGCAACGUGGAAGAAUAUUAUUUCUCUUCACGCCGGUACGACGAUUGGUAUCCAUUACCAUUCUAUCAAGGACUUGGGUGAAUUCUCUAUUCACCCUUUCAAAGUCUUUUUCUUUGAAACGUACGGGAUCAUGCCCAGGCAGUUGGCCCCUAAUGGUCACCGUAUGUUGAGUAGUUUCAUCAAUGUUUACCGCUUUCUCCAUAUUCCUCUCUCCCUUUGUCUAUUCUAUCACAUGUUCGAUGUCCAGCCUGGAUCCAAGGAAACCCUUGGAUUCGUGGUUUUGUCAUCCCAUCAAGGCCGUACAUUUCUUUCUGGCCUUCCUCCUUCCAACAAGAAGUGGAAGGACAAAUAUGUUUCUAUAAAAUUCCCCCCGGCUGCUUUCCCCUUCGCCCAAAAUGCCUGGGGGAAGAGAAUGAAACGCCAGGUCAAACCUCGGGAAACCGAUGACCUGACCGCUUGGGAGACCACUCUCUGGGCUGGGGACACCUCCACCCGCGGCCCUUACAACGUUGGGAAAUGGGGGGUCUACCCCGUUCGGGAAACUGAUCCCGAGCUAGAAAUCGUUCUGGCCGAGGCGAUCCCCAAUGCCAUCCCCAUCCGCCGGGUGAAAGGGCCUAAAGCCUCGGUCUCUACCGCCGCCAGUUCCUCACACCCGGGGAAGAAGGAGAAAGUGGUGAAGUUCAGCUCAAAAUUCGCCACCCCCCAAAUCAUCGAGGAGCCUCUGACUGCCCAGCCCCUCAACCACCCCUCCGGCCAUCCGUUCUCCCUCGACGAGCAACCGGCCCAAUCCCAUCAAGGCACCAGCCAACCAAUUCACUCCGGGGAACUCUACAUCAAUGUAGAGACCAUGGAGUUUGAGAACCUGCUGAUGGAGAGCGGCCAACAAGCUGAAGGGGGCCGCGACGAGGAGGAGGCGGCUGAGGAGGCUCUUCAAAGGAAGAGGCGGAAGACUGAGGUUGUGGACCAGCCGGCCCAGUCCUCCAACACCGGAAAAGAGUAUUUCACCCGGAUGGUGAAAUCAAAAGAGGAGGAGAAGGCCCGACUAGAGGGCAUGAUGGUGGCCUGCCGAAAGGAUGCUCAGACCGCCCAUCUGAAGGCUGAGAAGGCGGAGGAGAAGCUGUUGGAGCAUUGCGCGGCCUACCGCAAGCUCUACGCCAAACAUGAAGGGCUGCUUAAGGCCGCGAAGGAGGCCGAUGAACAAGCCCAGGAGAAGAUCCAGAGGCUUGAAGCGGAGACGGCCGGGCUGCAAGAAGAAGUCGCUCGGUUCCCUCGAAGAGAUUGCCCCGCUUGGGGAUGAGCUGGAAAAAGAGCGCGCUGAACGGGUGUCAGCCAUCCGCUUCUUUCAAGGCCAAUACAAGCACGAGGUGUCAGCCAAGGUCAUCGAUGAGAUCAGGACAUUUGGGUUCGAAAGUGGCCAAUAUGACGAACGCCGGACACUCUAUGGCAUUCUCCAACGGCAGAUCCAAGGUUUCGA